UCCUGUAUCCCCAAUCAGUGCAGGCAGGAGGGGAGAUCUGUCAACUCUCUCCCCUGCCUGGGGUGUAUGUAGUUGGUGCGCCCUGCACCCCCAACCUUCGGCAAGGAGGAAGCGAAAAGGGCCGAGAAAGGUAGAAGCCCUCUCCCCACCUCGGGGCCAACCAGCCUCCCGCUAGCCGGCCGGCGCCUUACCGAGUCAGACCACUGGGAGGCUGGGGGAGCCGGGUUGGGCGAGGAGGCGAGCGAGAUGGGGGAGCUCUUAUUUUGACAGGGGCCUCUCCGGGCUCUGGUAUGAAGGCAGAAGGAGGCAGCCAGAGCGCCCCGAUGCUUAUUCAGACUGGGGAGAGGAGCCAAGCGGAGCGACCAGCGAGGCUCCGGCAGCGCGGGGGAGCUCGGGGAGGCGGCGGCGCACGGCGGAGCCAGGGGCCGGACAUGCCCCAGACCCGGGGCCGCUGCACCACCGCCGCCGCCCGCAGCCAGCCGGCCGGACGCCCGCACGCCUGGGGCCCCUGGCGCCGAGCCGCCCGGGGGCUGCGACCCCGACCCUCGACGUCCGACCAACAAUAAGCGCCCAGACAGCUAGCUCCCUCCCAGCCCUGUGCCCGCCGUUCCCGCGGGCCGCGGAGAAAGUGAAAGGAGGAGGCGAAGGAAGGACGGAGAGGAAGAAGGAAGGAAGGAAGGAAGGGAGGAGGAGCCGGAGCCGGAGCCGCUGCCGUGAGGGCCCAGCUGGCAUUAAGAUCAAAGCGUCCAGGAUCCAAAAAAUCACCGCCUGCCCGCCCCAACUGGCGAGCUGGAGGACCCCAACCCAGCCAGCGACCCUGACCUGGUCAUGGCGUCUAGCUCCGGCCUGGCGUGAGGACCCCAGACCCGCGAGAGGGAGCCCCCAUCCCAGACCACACCCUUGGGCCUGAGCCUGGCGUGCAGCACAGAUCCCGGAGUCCGCGCUCCAGUACUACGCGUCCCUGGCUGGGCCCUGGGCGCACACGGGGCCGUAGCCCCACUGUGCGGGGCCAUGAGGAUCCUGGCUAACAAGACAAGGUUACCCCACCCCAGGAGGAGAGAAGCUCCAGGGAGCCCGCCGCUGUCCCCCUGCGGCCACUGCCCCCCUGCCCCAGCCAAGCCAAUGCACCCAGAAAACAAAUUGACCAAUCAUGGCAAGACAGGGAAUGGCGGGGCCCCAUCCCAGCCCCAGAAUGUGAACCAAGGCCCAAGCUGCAACCUGGGCACCAAGGGUGUGGGGGCGGGGAACCCUGGGGCCAAGGCCAACCAGAUCUCACCAAGCAACUCAAGCCUGAAGACCCCCCAGGCAGGGGUGCCCCCUUUCAGCUCUCUCAAAGGCAAGGUGAAGAGGGAGCGGAGCGUGUCUGUGGACUCCAGCGAGCAGCGUGAGGCUGGGACCCCAUCCCUGGAAGCAGAGGCCAAAGAGGUGGCACCCCGGAGUAAGCGGCGCUGUGUGCUGGAGCGGAAGCAGCCCUACAGCGGUGACGAAUGGUGCUCAGGGCCUGACAGCGAGGAGGAUGACAAGCCCAUCGGGGCCGCCCACAAUUGUAAUGUAGCAGACCCUGCCAUGGCGGCCCCGCAGCUGGGUCCUGGCCAAGCCCCCCAGCUGCCCCUCAGUGAGAGCAGCACACCAGGUCCCCCUCAUGGCCCUCCGCCUGGCCUUCGGCCGGAUGCCCCGGGGGGCGGGGCCGGGGCCGGGGGUGUCCCCGGAAAGCCCUCCCAGUUUGUGUACGUCUUCACCACCCACCUGGCCAACACGGCCGCAGAGGCCGUGCUGCAGGGCCGGGCUGACUCCAUCCUUGCUUACCACCAGCAGAGCGUGCCACGGGCCAAGCUCGACCAGGCCCCCAAGGUGCCGCCCACCCCAGAACCGCUACCCUUGAGCACACCUUCAGCCGGUACCCCACAGUCCCAGCCGCCGCCGCCACUGCCCCCGCCCCCGCCGCCCCCUGGCAGUGCCCCCCCAGCUCUGCCCCAGGAGGGACCCCCAGAGGACUCCACUCAGGACCUGACGCCCAACUCGGUGGGAGCUGCCAGCACAGGCGGUGGCACCGGGGGCACCCACCCGAACACCCCCACAGCUGCUACUGCCAACAACCCGCUGCCUCCCGGAGGAGACCCUAGCAGUGCCCCGGGCCCCACCCUGCUGGGGGAGGCCGCCCCCGCCGGAACCGCACCGCGGAGCCUGGCGGGCUCGGAGCGUCUGUCCAAGGAGCAGCUGGAGCACCGGGAGCGGUCCCUGCAGACCCUGCGCGACAUCGAGCGGCUGCUGCUCCGCAGCGGGGAGGCGGAGCCCUUCCUCAAGGGGCCCCCCGGGGGGGCCGGUGAAGGUGGGCCGCCCGCACAAGCCCCUCCCGCCCCCCAGCAGCCCUCCGCGGCCCCUCCCGGGGGGCUGAAGAAGUAUGAGGAGCCCUUGCAGUCCAUGAUCUCCCAGACGCAGAACUUGGGAGGCCCCCCGCUGGAACACGAAGUGCCUGGGCACCCCCCGGGCGGGGACCUGGGGCCGCAGAUGAACGUGAUGAUGCAGAGGCUGGGCCAGGACAGCCUGACGCCGGAGCAGGUGGCCUGGCGCAAGCUGCAGGAGGAAUACUAUGAGGAGAAGCGACGCAAAGAGGAGCAGAUUGGGCUGCACGGGGGCCGGCCACUGCAGGACAUGAUGGGCAUGGGGGGCAUGAUGAUGCGGGGGCCGCCCCCGCCCUACCACAGCAAGCCCGGGGACCAGUGGCCGCCCGGAAUGGGCACGCAGCUGCGGGGGCCCAUGGAUGUCCAGGACCCCAUGCAGCUCCGGGGCGGACCGCCUUUCCCUGGACCCCGUUUCCCGGGCAACCAGAUGCAGCGAGUGCCUGGCUUCGGGGCCAUGCAGAGUAUGCCCAUGGAGGUGCCCAUGAAUGCAAUGCAGAGGCCCGUGAGGCCGGGCAUGGGCUGGACCGAAGACCUGCCCCCCAUGGGGGGCCCUGGCAGCUUUGCCCAGAGCCCCAUGCCCUACCCAGGCGGGCAGGGCGAGGUGGAGCGCUUCAUGAGCCCGAGGGUCCGCGAGGAGCUGCUGCGGCACCAGCUGCUGGAGAAGCGGUCACUUGGCAUGCAGCGCCCCCUGGGCAUGGCUGGCGCUGCCAUGGGGCAGGGCAUGGAGAUGGAGCGGGUGAUGCAAGCCCACAGGCAGAUGGACCCGGCCAUGUUCCCCGGGCAGAUGGCGGACAGCGAGGGUCUGGCUGGUGCACCUAUGGGCAUGGAGUUUGGUGGAGGCCGGGGUCUCCUGAGCCCCCCCAUGGGCCAGUCGGGGCUUAGGGAGGUGGACCCGCCUAUGGGGCCAGGCAACCUCAACAUGAACAUGAACGUGAAUAUGAACAUGAACAUGAAUCUGAAUGUGCAGAUGACGCCGCAGCAGCAGAUGCUGAUGUCACAGAAGAUGAGGGGCCCUGGGGACAUGAUGGGGCCCCAGGGUCUCAGCCCAGAGGAGAUGGCCCGGGUGCGGGCCCAGAAUGGCAGUGGCAUGAUGGGGGGCCCCCAGAAGAUGCUUAUACCUUCACAGUUUCCCAACCAGGGCCAGCAGGGAUUCUCUGGGAGCCAGGGACCCUACCAAGCCAUGCCUCAGGAAAUGGGCAAUACCCAAGACUUGUUCAGCCCUGACCAGAGCUCAAUGUCCAUAGGCAACGUGGGCACCGCCCGGCUCAGCCACAUGCCUCUGGCCCCUGCCGCUAAUCCUCCCCCCGGCGCCAUGCACUCGGCCCCCAACCGAGGGCUGGGCCGGCGGCCUUCGGACCUCACCAUCAGUAUUAAUCAAAUGGGCUCGCCAGGCAUGGGACACCUGAAGUCACCCACCCUCAGCCAGGUGCACUCGCCUCUUGUCACCUCGCCCUCUGCCAACCUCAAGUCACCCCAGACGCCCUCACAGAUGGUGGCCUUGCCGUCUGCCAACCCGCCGGGGCCUCUGAAGUCGCCCCAGGUCCUCAGCUCCUCCCUCAGUGUCCGCUCGCCCACUGGCUCGCCCAGCAGGCUCAAGUCCCCCCCCAUGGCGGUGCCUUCUCCGGGCUGGGUCGCCUCUCCCAAGACAGCCAUGCCCAGCCCUGGGGUCUCCCAGAAUAAGCAGCCUCCUCUCAACAUGAACUCCUCCACCGCCCUGGGCACCAUGGAUCAGGGUACUCUCCCACCUGGAGGCCCCCGGAGCAACUCCUCCGCACCUCCUGCCAACCCCCCCAGCGGUCUCAUGAACCCCAGCCUGCCAUUUACGUCCUCCCCAGACCCCACGCCUUCCCAGAACCCCCUGUCACUGAUGAUGUCUCAGAUGUCCAAGUACGCCAUGCCCAGCUCUACCCCGCUCUACCACAAUGCCAUCAAGACCAUCGCCACCUCAGAUGACGAGCUGCUGCCCCCGCCGCCACCGCCGCAGGGCUCCGGUCCAGGGAUCAGCAGCAGCCAGCCCGGCCAGAUGCACCUGAACUCGGCUGCUGCCCAGAGCCCCAUGGGCAUGAGCCUGCCAGGCCAGCAGCCCCUGUCCCAUGAGCCCCCGCCCACCAUGCUGCCCUCCCCCACCCCUUUGGGCACCAACAUUCCACUGCACCCCAAUGCGCAGGGGACAGGAGGCCCCCCCCAAAACUCGAUGAUGAUGGCUCCCGGGGGCCCAGACUCCCUGAACGCCCCUUGCGGCCCUGUGCCCAGCUCCUCCCAAAUGAUGCCCUUCCCCCCUCGGCUACAGCAGCCCCACGGGGCUAUGGCCCCUGGUGGGGGCGGGGGUGGGGGACCCGGUCUGCCACAGCACUACCCCUCAGGCAUGCCCUUGCCCCCCGAGGACCUGCCAAGCCAGCCGCCAGGCCCCCCACCCCCCCAGCAACACCUGAUGGGCAAAGGCAUGGCGGGGCGCAUGGGCGAGGCCUACCCACCGGGCGUGCUCCCCGGGGUGGCCUCUGUGCUGAACGACCCCGAGCUGAGCGAGGUGAUCCGGCCCACCCCGACCGGGAUCCCCGAGUUCGACUUGUCCAGGAUCAUCCCCUCGGAGAAACCCAGCAGCACCCUCCAGUACUUCCCCAAGAACGAGAGCCAGCCCCCCAAGGCCCAGCCCCCCAACCUGCAUCUCAUGAACCUACAGAACAUGAUGGCGGAACAGACCCCCUCCCGGCCCCCCAACCUCCCGGGCCAGCAAGGUGUCCAGCGGGGGCUCAACAUGUCCAUGUGCCACCCCGGACAGAUGUCUUUGUUGAGCAGGACAGGUGUGCCCCCACAGCAGGGCAUGGUGCCCCACGGCCUGCACCAGAGCGUCAUGUCCCCUCCGCAAGGCCUCAUGGCCCAGCAGAAUUUCAUGCUGAUGAAGCAGCGAGGUGUGGGGGGCGAGGUCUACAGCCAGCCCCCGCACAUGCUCUCCCCGCAGGGCUCCCUCAUGGCCCCCCCACCCCAGCAGAACCUCAUGGUGUCCCACCCCCUGCGACAGCGCAGCGUGUCUCUGGACAGCCAGAUGGGCUACCUCCCGGCGCCAGGCAGCAUGGCCAACCUGCCCUUCUAAGGGCCCCUGCGGAGGCUGCAGCUGGUGGCAAGAUUGCAAACCUGAGAACUUGGCUGAAGACGUCUCCUUUCCUCUCCUGCGCCAGACGGCCUGGGUCCGGGGUG